AUGUUUUCGUCAUGGAAAGGAAUAGUUUUCUUCAUCACGACAUGUUCAGCCAUCGUCGCGGGACAGAAUGUGAGCGGUCCAAAACAUGGAAAGAACAUCGUAUGUUUUCUGGCGUCUUGGUCUUUUUAUAGGUUAGACCCAAUCAAGUUUCAUUCAUCCGACUUGGACCUGUCAUUAUGUACACACAUAGUCUACUCUUUCGCUGUUCUCGAUGAGAACACAAAUGAAAUUAAAAGUUCAGAUGCAGGUCUGGAUAUUGAGAAUAAGGAUGAAACAGUUGGAUACAAAGCGUUUGUUGACCUCAAGAAACAGAAUCCUCAUCUUAAAGUGACCUUGUGUGUCGGUGGGUGGAAUGAGGGGUCACGGAAAUAUUCCAAAAUGGCUAGAGGUCCAAAUUCAAGGAAACAGUUUAUACAGAGUGUCAUCACAUAUUUACAAACGUAUAAUUUCGAUGGUCUCGACAUUAUGUGGAAGUAUCCCACGACCAGGGGCGGCGAGAAACAGGACAGAGAGAACUUUGUUACUUUAAUUAAGGAACUGAAGGAAGCUUUUCUUCCACACAACUUAAUUUUAACCGCGUCUUUGACUGGGGUUAAAGAUGUGAUGGAACCAGCAUACGACUUGGGCCAGUUGAACAAAUACUUGGACAUGAUCCAUGUUUUGGGCUACGACUACCACGGGCCAUGGGAUGGGAUAGUUGGCGCAAAUUCACCGCUGUCUUCCACCUCUCAGGAUAACACUCGAAAUUUAGAAUACACAAUAAGGUACAUGAUUGCUUUGGGCGUUAAUCCUGAGAAAAUAGCCCUGGGACUGCCUCUGUUUGGAAGAACUUUUCUUUUAAACAACCCAAAAGAGGAACGAGUACAAUUCGGUGGAACAACAGUUAAGGGAGUCGGAUUCCCUGGACCAAUAAUAAAAGGAAUAAAUUAUUAUGCGUAUAAUGAGGUUUGUAUGGAACUGACCAACAAGUCCGUACCCUGGGAUUAUCAUUGGGAUGAAGAGUCCUCCACACCAUAUCUCCGGGAUAAAGAUCGCAUCAUAUCAUAUGAUAACCCUCGCUCAAUAGCAAAUAAAGUUAAACUGGCCAUAGACUAUAAUCUGGGAGGCUUCAUGGUGUGGAGCGUUGAUACGGAUGACUUCAAGGGUCUGUGUGACCCUAGCAAUGACACUUAUGUUGACUACGAGGCGAGGAUCAACAGAAUAUCAGAAGAUCAAACGUUACAGGACGCCAUACACAGACUAGAUCUGUCAGAAAUGGAUUACUACGUUAAGAUGGAUAACAAAUUGAAAUUCAACAAACCCAAGCAGGAGUUCAAGAACUUCCAAAUGAUGAGAACCAUCGACCAGGCGACGUCUGUGGCUCUCGAAGAAAUAAAAAUAGUUCUCGCGAUAUGGGAGAAAAGAAGAUUCGUCAACGAAAUAAGCGGAACUAGUUUUAUUUUACCAACGAACGAUGACUGUGAACACUCCUGCGUCAGUUCAUGUAUCAAAAUGUGUCAGAAUCCUUUUUUAUAA